AUAAGAGGCAAACAAAGGCACUGAGACACGAUGCUGACAGCGACCAGAUUCCCAAAGCAAGGCCAAGAUGUCCAUAUCUCCAGAGCUGGGUGAUGGGCUCUGACCAAGAAGUGGAGUAUUUAAUAUCUGCUGAGAUGAAGUUGGAAAACGCCUGGGCCAAGGACCUCUGCAACGUCUUUCCUCCAACAAGAAAUGCAGAAGGUUCUCACAUGGGGAUAAGUUAAUUUUGCUUUGUGGAAAAGCCAAAAAUUCUUAACCAAUCAAUUCUGCUUUACUUGAAGGACUUCUGUGAGUUUCUGGGUCAGAGGCAGUCAUCAUCAGCGUGGUAUGUCACACUUACACAAAACACAACCAUGUUUUCUGACAUCAGAUGAUGUCUGCUGGGGGAAAACAGACUUUUUGUCAGCCAGCAAGACCUGAAUGUGGAGUGUUCAUUUACAGAAAACACUAACAAAAGACUUAAACAGAAGGAAGAAAAAUACAUGAAUCGUUUUCAAGGAGAAAUACUCCAGAAGAAGUGAGAAUGAAGACUGAGGAGAAUAGGUGGGUCCGCGUGACGGUGCUGCCCGGCUGCGUGGGCUGCAGGACCGUGGCGGUGCCGGCGUCCGCCACCGCGCGCGACCUCAAGGAGCGCAUCUGGGCCGAGACGGGCUUCCCUGUGACCGAGCAGCGGCUGUGGCGCGGCGACAGGGAGUUAUCUGACUGGGCCAGGAUUGGAGAUCUGACUUCCAAAAAUUAUCAACUUUUUGUAAACCUUCAAUCAAGAGGCUUGAAAGGGGGAGGUCGGUUUGGCCAGACAACUCCCCCUCUGGUUGACUUCCUCAAGGACAUCUUAAGAAGAUAUCCAGAAGGAGGACAGAUCCUUAAGGAAUUAAUUCAGAAUGCAGAAGAUGCUGGGGCCACAGAAGUUAAAUUUUUAUAUGAUGAAACUCAGUAUGGAACGGAGACUCUUUGGUCAAAAGAUAUGGCACAAUAUCAGGGGUCAGCUCUUUAUGUGUACAACAAUGCAGUUUUCACUCCGGAGGACUGGCACGGUAUUCAAGAAAUAGCAAGAAGCAGGAAAAAGGAUGACCCUUUGAAGGUUGGAAGAUUUGGAAUCGGGUUUAAUUCUGUCUAUCAUAUAACAGAUGUUCCCUGUAUCUUCAGCGGUGACCAGAUUGGGAUGUUAGAUCCUCAUCAAACACUUUUUGGCCCCCAAGAAUCAGGCCAGUGUUGGAAUCUCAAAGAUGACAGCAAAGAAAUUAGUGCACUUUCGGACCAAUUUGCACCAUUUGUGGGUGUUUUUGGAAGCACCAAGGAAACGUUUAUAAAUGGUACUUUUCCUGGAACAUUUUUCCGUUUCCCUCUUCGCCUGCAACCUUCACAGCUUAGUAGCAACCUCUACAAUAAGCAGAAGGUGCUCGAGUUGUUCGAAUCCUUCAGGGCGGAUGCAGACACAGUGCUGCUCUUUCUGAAGAGUGUGCAGGCGGUCUCCUUACAUGUCCGAGAGGCAGACGGGACAGAGAAACUGGUAUUUAGAGUGACUGCAAGUGAGAAUGAGGCCCUGAAACAUGAACGGCCGAAUUCUAUCAAGAUUCUGGGAACUGCUAUAAGUAACUAUUGUAAAAAGAUCCCAAGCAGCAGCAUCACCUGUGUAACAUAUCACGUGAAUAUAGCUUUGGAGGACGACAGUACUGAGGGCGCUCAGAGGACAUCGUGGUUGGUGUGUAACAGUGUGGGUGGGCGAGGGAUUAGCAGCAAACUUGACUCUCUAGCUGAUGAAUUGAAAUUUGUCCCAAUCAUAGGAAUAGCCAUGUCUUUAUCAGGCAGAGAAGUUGAAGAAAAAGGAGCAAUAUCUGAUUUCUCUGGAAAAGCAUUUUGUUUUCUUCCUUUACCUCCUGGUGAGGAAAGCAAAACAGGGCUCCCGGUUCACAUUAGUGGGUUCUUUGGCCUCACUGACAACCGCAGGAGCAUAAAGUGGAGAGAGCUGGAUCAGUGGAGAGACCCUGCGGCCUUGUGGAAUGAACUUCUUGUUGCCAAUGUUGUCCCCAGAGCUUACGCUACUCUGAUCUUAGAUUCCAUAAAACGCCUGGAGACAGAAAAGAGCUCUGACUUCCCUUUGUCGGUGGACGUCAUCUACAAGCUUUGGCCUGAAGCCAGCAAAAUCAAGGCACCCUGGCGGCCCCUGUUGGGGCCUCUGUUCAGCGAGCUGUUCCAGAAUGCCGUCAUUUACUCCAUUGGCAGUGCCUGGGUCAAGCUGGAGCAGGCACACUUCUCGGAGCUAGACGAAAGUCUGGAAUACACAGCAUCUGUGCUCAGCUACCUCCAGAGCUCAGGGAAGCAGGUGGCCAAGGUGCCAGGGAAUGUGGCUGCUGCCAUAGAGCUCAGUGCUGUGGCCUCCUCUGGCGCAGCCCCUGUGAGGAAGGUGACGCCUGCGUGGGUGCGGCAGGUGCUGAGGAAGUGCGCUCACCUGGGCAGUGCUGAAGAAAAGCUCCACCUUCUAGAGUUCGUGCUGUCCGACCAUGCCUACAGCGAGCUGCUGGGGCUGGAGCUGCUACCUUUACAAAAUGGAGAUUUUGUCCCCUUCUCCUCAUCUGUAUCAGAUCAAGAUGUUAUUUAUAUUACCUCAGAAGAGUAUCCAAGGUCCCUUUUUCCAGGUCUUGAAGGAAGAUUUAUAUUAGAUUACUUGAAGCCUCACCUUCUAGCUGCUUUAAAGGAAGCUGCCCAAACCCGAGCACAACAACUUCUCUGGGGAUAUUCAGGAAGACCAUGUACUCAGCUGCAGCUUCUCAAUCCAGAACGAUUUGCUCGUCUUAUUAAAGAAGUAAUGAAUGCAUUCUGGCCUGGCAGAGAGUUAAUUGUUCAGUGGUAUCCUUUCAGUGAAGACAGAAAUCAUCCAUCUGUUUCAUGGCUUAAGAUGGUUUGGAAGAAUCUCUAUAUACAUUUUUCAGAGGACCUGACUUUAUUUGAUGAGAUGCCCCUCAUCCCCAGAACUACACUAGACGAAGGUCAGACAUGUGUGGAACUCGUUAGACUCAGGAUUCCGUCAGUAGUCAUUUUAGACGAUGAAACUGAAGCACAACUUCCAGAAUUUUUAGCCGACAUUGUACAAAAACUUGGGGGGAUUGUCCUGAAAAAAUUAGAUGCCUCGAUACAACAUCCUCUCAUUAAGAAAUACAUUCAUUCACCAAUGCCAAGUGCUAUUUUACAGAUUAUGGAGAAGAUACCGUUGCAGAAACUGUGUAAUCAGAUAGCCUCACUACUUCCAACACACAAAGAUGCUCUGAGGAAGUUCUUGGCUAGCUUAACUGAUAGCAGUGAAAAGGAGAAAAGAAUAAUUCAAGAGCUGACAAUAUUCAAACGAAUUAACCACUCACCUGAUCAGGGAAUUUCUUCUUACACAAAAUUAAAAGGUUGUAAGGUCUUGCACCAUACCGCCAAACUUCCACCAGAUCUGCGACUUUCUAUUUCAGUAAUAGACAGUAGUGAUGAAGCUACCAUUCGUUUGGCAAACAUGUUGAAAAUCGAGAAAUUAAAGACUACCAGCUGCUUAAACCUUGUUUUAAAAGAUAUGGAAAAUGCAUUUUAUUCACAUGAAGAAGUAACACACAUUAUGUUAUGGAUUCUUGAGAAUCUGUCUUCUCUUAAAAGUGAGAAUCCACAUGUGCUUGAUUGGUUAGUGCCAUUAAAAUGCAUUCAGAUUUCACAGGGACAGAUGGUGUCAGCUAGUGAACUCUUCGAUCCUGAUGUAGCAGUACUAAAGGAUCUCUUUUAUAAUGAAGAAGAAGCCUGUUUCCCACCCUCAGUUUUUACCUCACCAGAUAUCCUUCACUCUUUGAGACAGAUUGGCUUAAAAAAUGAAGCCAGUCUCAAAGAGAAAGAUGUUGUGCAAGUAGCGAAAAAAAUUGAAGCUUUACAGGUCAGUUCUUGUCCAAAUCAGGAUGUUUUCCUAAAGAAAGCCCAAACUCUCUUACUGGUUUUAAAUAAGAAUCCUACACUCUUGCAGUCUUCUGAAGGAAAGGUGACAUUAAAGAAAAUAAAAUGGGUUCCAGCCUGCAAGGAAAGGCCUCCAAAUUAUCCAGGUUCUUUAGUCUGGAAAGGAGAUUGCUGUAAUCUCUGUGCACCUCCAGAUAUGUGCGAUGCAACCCAUGCAAUUCUAGUGGGCUCAUCACUUCCCCUUGUUCAAAGUAUCAAUGUAAACUUGGAAAAAGCAUUAGGUAUCUUCACAAAACCUAGCAUUGGUGCUGUCUUAAAACACUUUAAAAUUGUUGUUGAUUGGUAUACUUCAAAAACCUUUAGUGAUGAAGACUACUAUCAAUUCCAACAUAUUUUGCUUGAAAUUUAUGGAUUCAUGCAUGAUCAUUUGAAUGAAGGGAAAGAUUCUUUUCAGGCCUUAACGUUUCCAUGGGUUUGGACUGGCAAAAAAUUUUGUCCUCUUGCCCAAGCUGUAAUAAAACCAAUCCAUGAUCUGGACCUUCAGCCUUACUUACAUAAUGUGCCUAAAACCAUGGCAAAAUUUCACCAACUGUUUAAGGCCUGUGGUUCAAUAGAAGAGUUGACAUCAGAUCAUAUUUCCAUGGUCAUUCAGAAGGUGUAUCUCAAAAGUGACCAAGAUCUCAGUGAACAAGAAAGCAAACAAAACCUUCAUCUUAUGUUGAAUAUUAUCAGAUGGCUAUAUAGCAACCAAAUUCCAGCAAGCCCUAAUACACCAGUUCCUAUACAUCAUAGCAAAAAUCCUUCUAAACUUAUCAUGAAGCCAAUUCAUGAAUGCUGUUAUUGUGACAUCAAAGUUGAUGACCUCAAUGACCUACUUGAAGAUUCAGUGGAACCAAUUAUUUUGGUGCAUGAGGACAUACCCAUGAAAACUGCAGAGUGGCUGAAAGUUCCAUGCCUUAGUACAAGAUUGAUCAAUCCUGAAAACAUGGGAUUUGAGCAGUCAGGACAAAGAGAACCACUUACUGUAAGAAUUAAAAACAUUCUGGAAGAAUACCCUUCCGUGUCAGAUAUUUUUAAAGAGCUACUUCAAAAUGCUGAUGAUGCAAAUGCAACAGAAUGCAGCUUCAUGAUUGAUAUGAGGCGAAAUAUGGACAUAAGAGAGAAUCUCCUAGACCCGGGGAUGGCAGCUUGCCAUGGACCUGCUUUGUGGUCAUUCAAUAAUUCUGAAUUCUCAGAUUCAGAUUUUGUGAACAUAACCAGGUUAGGCGAAUCUUUAAAAAGGGGAGAAGUUGACAAAGUUGGAAAAUUUGGUCUUGGAUUUAAUUCUGUGUAUCAUAUCACUGACAUUCCCAUCAUCAUGAGCCGAGAAUUCAUGAUAAUGUUUGAUCCAAACAUAAACCAUAUCAGUAAACACAUUAAAGAUAAAUCUAAUCCUGGGAUCAAAAUUAACUGGAGUAAGCAACAGAAAAGACUUAGGAAGUUUCCUAAUCAGUUCAAACCAUUUAUAGACAUAUUUGGCUGCCAGUUACCUUUGACUGUGGAAGCACCCUACAGCUACAAUGGAACUCUUUUCCGACUAUCCUUUAGGACUCAGCAGGAAGCCAAAGUGAGUGAGGUUAGCAGUACCUGCUAUAAUACUGCAGACAUUUACUCUCUUGUGGAUGAGUUUAGUCUCUGUGGACACAGACUUAUCAUUUUCACUCAGAGUGUGAACUCAAUGUAUUUAAAAUAUUUGAAGAUUGAGGAAACCAAUCCUAGCUUAGCUCAAGAUACGAUAAUAAUUAGGAAAAAACCCUGCUCUUCCAAAGCAUUGAAUGCACCUGUUUUAAGUGUUUUAAAAGAAGCUGCUGAACUCAUGAAGACUUGCAGCAGCAGUAAUAAAAAGCUUCCCACCGAUGCACCAAAGUCAUCUUGCAUUCUUCAGAUCACAGUCGAGGAAUUUCACCAUGUGUUCAGAAGGAUUGCCGAUUUGCAGUCACCACUGUUCCGAGGUCCAGAUGACGACCCUGCUGUUCUCUUUGAAAUGGCUAAGUCCAAAAAGCCAUCAGAUGAGUUGCCACAAAAAACUCUAGAUUCUACCACAUGGCUUAUAUGUACCUGUAUGGAUAUAGGAGAGGCUCUCAAGUUUUCCUUGAGCGAAAGUGGGAGAAGACUAGGGCUGGUUCCUUGUGGGGCGGUAGGAGUUCUGCUGUCUGAAGUCCAGGACCAGAAGUGGACCGUGAAACCACACACUGGAGAGGUAUUUUGCUAUUUACCUUUGCGAAUAAAAACAGGAUUGCCAGUUCAUAUCAAUGGGUGCUUUGCUGUUACUUCAAAUAGAAAAGAAAUCUGGAAGACAGAUACAAAAGGACGAUGGAAUACCACAUUCAUGAGACAUGUUAUUGUGAAAGCGUACUUACAGGCACUCAGUGUCUUGCGGGACCUGGCCACUGGUGGGGAGCUAACUGAUUAUACUUACUAUGCUGCGUGGCCUGAUCCUGACUUAGUUCACGAUGACUUCUCCGUAAUUUGUCAAGGAUUUUAUGAAGAUAUAGCUCAUGGAAAAGGGAAGGACUUGACCAGAGUCUUCUCUGAUGGGUCCACUUGGGUUUCCAUGAAGAAUGUGAGAUUUCUAGAUGACUCUAUACUUCAAAGAAGAGAUGUUGGACCAGCAGCCUUCAAGAUAUUUCUGAAGCACCUCAAGAAGACUGGGUCCAAAAACCUUUGUGCUGUGGAACUUCCUUCUUCAGUGAAGUUGGGAUUCGAAGAAGCUGGCUGCAGACAGAUACUGCUUGAAAAUACAUUUUCAGAGAAACAGUUUUUUUCAGAAGUGUUUUUUCCAAAUAUUCAAGAAAUUGAAGCAGAACUUAGAGAUCCUUUAAUGAAUUAUGUUCUAAAUGAAAAAAUUGAUGAGUUCUCAGGAAUUCUUCGUGUUACUCCAUGUAUUCCUUGCUCCUUGGAGGGGCAUCCUUUGGUUUUACCAUCAAGAUUGAUCCACCCUGAAGGACGAGUUGCAAAGUUAUUUGAUAUUAAAGAUGGACGGUUUCCUUAUGGUUCUGCUCAGGAUUACCUCAAUCCUAUUAUUCUCAUUAAGCUAGUUCAGUUAGGCAUGGCAAAAGAUGAUGUUUUAUGGGAUGACAUGCUGGAACGUGCAGAGUCAGUAGCUGAAAUUAAUAAAAGUGAUCACAUUGCUGCUUGUCUAAGAAGUAGUAUCCUAUUAAGUCUUAUUGAUGAGAAACUAAAAAUAAGGGAUCCUAGAGCAAAGGAUUUUGCUGCAAAAUAUCAAACAAUUCCUUUCCUUCCAUUUCUGACAAAGCCAGCGGGUUUCUCUUUGGAAUGGAAAGGCAACAGUUUUAAGCCUGAAACCAUGUUUGCAGCAGUUGACCUCUAUACAGCUGAACAUCAAGAUAUAGUUUGUCUUUUGCAACCAAUUCUCAAUGAAAAUUCCCAUUCCUUCAGAGGUUGUGGUUCAGUGUCAUUGGCUGUUAAAGAGUUUUUGGGAUUACUAAAGAAACCAACAGUUGAUCUGGUUAUAAAUCAGUUGAAACAAGUUGCAAAAUCAGUUGAUGAUGGAAUCACAUUGUACCAGGAGAAUAUCACCAAUGCUUGUUACAAGUAUCUUCAUGAAGCAAUGAUGCAAAAUGAAAUAACCAAGACAGCAAUUAUUGAGAAGUUAAAAUCUUUUAGUUUCAUUCUAGUUGAGAAUACUUAUGUUGACUCAGAAAAAGUUUCCUUUCAUUUGAAUUUCGAAGCAGCACCAUACCUUUAUCAGUUACCUAACAAGUACAAAAAUAAUUUCCGUGAACUUUUUGAAAGUGUGGGUGUGAGGCAGUCGUUUAUGGUUGAAGAUUUUGCCCUAGUUUUGGAAUCUGUUGAUCAAGAAAGAGGAAAAAAACAAAUAACAGAAGAGAAUUUUCAGCUUUGCCGACGAAUAAUCAGUGAAGGAAUAUGGAGUCUCAUUCGAGAAAAGAAACAAGAAUUUUGUGAGAAAAACUAUGGCAAAAUAUUAUUGCCAGAUACUAAUUUUGUGCUUCUCCCUGCUAAAUCAUUAUGCUACAAUGAUUGUCCCUGGAUAAAAGUAAAAGAUACCACUGUGAAAUAUUGUCACGCUGAUAUACCUAGGGAAGUAGCUGUAAAACUAGGAGCAGUACCAAAGAGACAUAAGGCGUUAGAAAGAUAUGCAUCCAACAUCUGUUUUACAACACUUGGCACAGAAUUUGGACAGAAAGAAAAAUUGACCAGCAGAAUUAAGAGCAUCCUUAAUGCCUAUCCUUCAGAAAAGGAGAUGUUGAAAGAGCUUCUUCAAAAUGCUGAUGAUGCUAAGGCCACAGAAAUCUGCUUUGUGUUUGAUCCUAGACAGCAUCCAGUUGACAGGAUAUUUGAUGAUAAGUGGGCCCCAUUGCAAGGGCCAGCACUGUGUGUGUAUAACAACCAGCCUUUUACAGAAGAUGAUGUUAGAGGAAUUCAGAAUCUUGGAAAAGGCACCAAAGAAGGAAAUCCUUGCAAAACUGGACAGUAUGGAAUAGGAUUCAAUUCUGUGUAUCAUAUUACAGACUGCCCUUCUUUCAUUUCUGGCAAUGACAUCCUAUGCAUUUUUGACCCUCAUGCUAGAUAUGCCCCAGGAGCCACAUCCAUUAGUCCUGGACGCAUGUUUAGAGAUUUAGACACAGACUUUAGAACACAGUUCUCAGAUGUUCUUGAUCUUUAUUUGGGAACUCACUUUAAACUGGAUAAUUGCACAAUGUUUAGAUUUCCUCUGCGCAAUGCAGAAAUGGCCAAAGUUUCAGAAAUUUCUUCAGUUCCAUCAUCAGAUAGAAUGGUGCAGAAUCUUUUGGACAAAUUACGCUCAGAUGGGGCAGAACUUCUAAUGUUUCUUAAUCACAUGGAAAAAAUUUCUAUUUGUGAAAUAGACAAGGCCACUGGAGGCCUGACUGUGCUGUAUUCAGUAAAGGGCACGAUCACUGAUGGAGACAGGUUGAAAAGGAAGCAAUUUCACGCAUCUGUAAUUGACAGUGUGUCUAAAAAGAGGCAGCUCAAAGACAUACCAGUUCAGCAGAUAACCUACACUAUGGAUACUGAAGACUCUGAAGGAAAUCUGACUACAUGGCUAAUUUGCAACAGAUCAGGAUUUUCAAAUAUGGACAAAGUGUCUAAGAGUGUUAUUUCAGCUCACAAGAACCAAGAUAUCACUCUCUUCCCACGUGGGGGCGUAGCUGCCUGCAUUACCCACAACUAUAAAAAGCCCCACAGGGCCUUCUGUUUUCUGCCUCUGUCUUUGGAGACAGGGUUGCCAUUUCAUGUGAAUGGCCACUUUGCACUAGAUUCAGCCCGAAGAAACCUGUGGCGUGAUGACAAUGGAGUUGGGGUUCGAAGUGACUGGAAUAACAGCUUAAUGACAGCAUUGAUAGCUCCUGCAUAUGUUGAACUGCUAACCCAGUUAAAAAAGCGGUAUUUCCCUGGUUCUGACCCAACAUUAUCAGUUUUACAGAACACGCCUAUUCAUGUUGUAAAGGACACUUUAAAGAAAUUUCUGUCCUUUUUCCCAGUUAACAGGCUUGAUCUGCAGCCAGAUUUAUAUUGCUUGGUGAAAGCGCUUUAUAGUUGCAUUCAUGAAGACAUGAAACGUCUUUUACCUGUUGUUCGGGCUCCAAAUAUUGAUGGCUCUGAUUUGCACUCUGCAGUCAUAAUUACUUGGAUCAAUAUGUCUACUCAAAAUAAGACCAGGCCAUUUUUUGACAACUUAUUACAGGAUGAAUUACAACACCUAAAAAGUGCUGAUUAUAAUAUCACAACUCGCAAAACAGUAGCAGAGAAUGUCUACAGACUAAAACACCUACUUUUAGAAAUUGGUUUCAACUUGGUUUAUAACUGUGACGAAACUGCUAAUCUUUACCACUGCCUCAUAGAUGCAGACAUCCCUGUUAGUUACGUGACUCCUGCUGAUGUGAGGGCCUUUCUGAUGACGUUCUCCUCACCUGAUACUAAUUGCCAUAUUGGGAAGCUGCCUUGUCGUCUUCAGCAGACUAACCUAAAACUUUUUCAUAGUUUAAAACUUUUAGUUGAUUAUUGUUUUAAAGAUGCAGAAGAAAACGAGGUUGAAGUUGAGGGACUGCCCCUUCUUACCACGCUGGACAGUGUUUUGCAAACGUUUGAUGCAAAACGACCCAAGUUUCUCACAACAUACCAUGAACUGAUUCCAUCCCGCAAAGACUUGUUUAUGAAUACAUUAUAUUUGAAAUAUAGUAAUAUUUUAUUGAACUGUAAAGUUGCAAAAGUGUUUGACAUUUCCAGCUUUGCUGAUUUGCUGUCGUCUGUGUUGCCUCGUGAAUAUAAGACCAAAAAUUGUACAAAGUGGAAAGACAAUUUUGCAAGUGAAUCCUGGCUUAAGAAUGCAUGGCAUUUUAUCAGUGAAUCUGUAAGUGUGAAAGAAGAUCAGGAAGAAGCAAAACCAACCUUUGACAUUGUUGUUGACACUCUCAAAGACUGGGCAUUGCUUCCAGGGACAAAGUUCACUGUGUCAGCCAAUCAGCUUGUGGUUCCUGAAGGAGAUGUUCUGCUUCCUCUAAGCCUUAUGCAUAUUGCAGUUUUUCCAAAUGCCCAGAGUGAUAAAGUUUUCCAUGCUCUAAUGAAAGCUGGCUGCAUUCAGCUUGCUUUGAACAAAAUCUGCUCCAAAGACAGUGUGUUUGUUCCUCUGUUGUCAUGUCACACGGCAAACAUAGAGAGCCCCACAAGCAUCUUGAAGGCUGUACAUUACAUGGUCCAAACUUCAACUUUUAGAACUGAAAAAUUAGUAGAAAAUGACUUUGAAGCACUUUUGAUGUAUUUCAACUGCAAUCUGAGUCACUUGAUGUCCCAAGAUGACAUAAAAAUUUUAAAGUCACUUCCAUGUUACAGAUCCAUCAGUGGUCGCUAUAUGAGCAUUGCCAAAUUUGGAUCAUGCUACGUACUCACAAAAAGUAUCCCCUCAGCUGAAGUGGACAGAUGGACACAGUCAUCAUCUUCUGCAUUUCUUGAAGAAAAAGCUCAUUUGAAGGAACUGUAUGGGGUGCUUGGUUGUGUGCCUGUGGAUGAUCUUGAAGUAUAUUUGAAACACCUCUUACCAAAAAUUGAAAACCUCUCUUAUGAUGCAAAAUUAGAGCAUUUGAUCUACCUUAAGAAUAGAUUAUCAAGUAUUGAGGAGUUAUCAGAGAUUAAGGAACAACUUUUUGAAAAACUAGAAGGUUUAUUGGUCAUCCAUGAUGCCAACAAUCGACUGAAGCAAGCAAAACAUUUCUACGAUAGAACAGUGAGAGUUUUUGAAGUUAUGCUUCCUGAAAAGUUGUUUAUUCCUAAGGAUUUCUUUAAAAAGCUGGAACAACUUAUAAAGCCUAAAAAUCAAGUUACAUUUAUGUCAUCCUGGGUGGAGUUCUUAAGAAAUAUUGGACUAAAGUAUGUACUUUCUCAGCAGCAGCUGCUACAGUUUGCUAAGGAAAUCAGCGUAAGAGCUAAUACCGAAAACUGGUCAAAAGAAACAUUGCAAAAUACAGUUGAUAUCCUCCUCCAUCACAUAUUCCAGGAACGAAUGGAUCUGUUGUCUGGGAAUUUUCUGAAAGAACUGUCCUUAAUACCGUUUUUAUGUCCUGAGCGGGCCCCUGCUGAGUACAUUCGAUUUCAUCCUCAAUACCAAGAAGUAAAUGGAACACUUCCUCUUAUAAAGUUCAAUGGAGCACAAGUAAAUCCCAAGUUCAAACAGUGUGAUGUGCUCCAGCUGCUGUGGACAUCCUGUCCUAUUCUUCCUGAGAAAGCUACACCCUUGAGUAUCAAAGAACAAGAAGGUAGUGACCUUGGUCCACAAGAGCAGCUUGAACAAGUUUUGAAUAUGCUUAAUGUCAACCUGGACCCCCCCCUUGACAAAGUCAUUAAUAACUGCAGAAACAUAUGCAACAUAACGACUUUGGAUGAAGACAUGGUAAAAACUAGAGCAAAGGUCUUAAGAAGCGUAUAUGAAUUUCUCAGUGCAGAGAAAAGAGAGUUCCGUUUUCAACUGCGGGGGGUUGCCUUUGUGAUGGUAGAAGAUGGCUGGAAACUUCUGAAGCCUGAGGAAGUCGUAAUAAACCUGGAAUAUGAGUCUGAUUUUAAGCCUUAUUUAUAUAAGCUGCCUUUAGAGCUUGGCACAUUUCAUCAGUUGUUCAAACACUUAGGUACCGAAGACAUUAUUUCAACCAAGCAAUAUGUUGAAGUGUUGAGCCGCAUAUUCAAAAACUCUGAAGGAAAGCAGUUAGAUCCUAAUGAAAUGCGUACAGUUAAAAGGGUAGUUUCCGGUCUGUUCAAGAGUCUGCAGAAUGAGUCCAUCAAGGUGAGGAGUGAUCUUGAGAAUGCACGAGACCUUGUGCUCUACCUUCCCAGCCAGGACGGAAGGUUGGUUAAGUCAAGCAUCUUAGUGUUUGAUGAUGCCCCACAUUACAAAAGUAGGAUCCAGGGGAAUAUUGGUGUGCAAAUGCUAGUUGACCUCAGCCAGUGCUACCUGGGGAAAGACCACGGAUUUCAUACUAAGUUGAUAAUGCUUUUUCCUCAGAAGCUUCGGCCUCGUCUGUUGAGCAGUAUACUUGAAGAGCAGUUGGAUGAGGAGACCCCCAAGGUUUGUCAGUUUGGAGCACUGUGUUCCCUUCAAGGGAGACUGCAGCUGCUCUUGUCUUCCGAACAGUUCAUCACAGGACUAAUUAGGAUCAUGAAGCAUGAAAAUGAUAAUGCUUUCCUGGCCAAUGAAGAAAAAGCCAUAAGACUUUGCAAAGCCCUAAGAGAAGGAUUAAAAGUGUCCUGUUUUGAAAAGCUUCAGACAACAUUAAGAGUUAAAGGUUUUAAUCCCAUCCCUCACAGCAGAAGUGAGACGUUUGCUUUUCUGAAGAGAUUUGGCAAUGCAGUCAUCUUGCUGUACAUCCAGCAUUCAGACAGUAAAGACAUUAAUUUCCUAUUAGCCUUAGCAAUGACCCUUAAGUCAGCAACUGACAACUUAAUUUCUGACACUUCUUAUCUAAUUGCUAUGCUGGGAUGCAAUGAUAUUUAUAGGAUCAGUGAGAAACUGGACAGUUUAGGGGUGAAAUAUGACUCUUCAGAGCCAUCAAAGCUGGAACUUCCAAUGCCUGGCACGCCAAUACCUGCUGAAAUUCAUUACACUCUACUCAUGGACCCAAUGAAUGUGUUUUAUCCAGGAGAAUAUGUUGGGUACCUUGUGGAUGCUGAAGGUGGUGAUAUCUAUGGGUCAUAUCAGCCAACAUACACAUAUGCAAUUAUUGUACAAGAAGUCGAAAGAGAAGAUGCUGACAAUUCUAGUUUUCUAGGAAAGAUAUAUCAGAUUGACAUUGGUUAUAGUGAAUACAAAAUAGUUAGCUCUCUUGAUUUGUAUAAGUUUUCAAGGCCUGAUGAGAGCUCUCAAAGUAGAGACAGUGCCCCUUCUACACCAACCAGUCCCACAGAAUUCCUUGCCCCUGGUCUGAGAAGCAUUCCUCCACUUUUCUCUGGCAGAGAGAGCCACAAGACUUCGUCCUCAAAACAUCAUUCCCCCAAAAAGCUUAAGGUUAAUUCUUUACCAGAAAUCUUAAAAGAAGUGACAUCAGUGGUGGAACAAGCUUGGAAGCUUCCAGAAUCAGAACGGAAAAAGAUUAUCAGGAGGUUGUAUUUGAAGUGGCAUCCUGACAAAAAUCCAGAGAACCAUGACAUUGCUAAUGAAGUUUUUAAACAUUUGCAGAAUGAAAUCAACAGAUUAGAAAAACAGGCUUUUCUAGAUCAAAAUGCAGACAGAGCCUCAAGACGAACAUUUUCAACCUCAGCGUCUCGAUUUCAGUCAGACAAGUACUCAUUUCAAAGAUUUUAUACGUCGUGGAAUCAAGAAGCAACGAGCCAUAAAUCUGAAAGGCAACAACAAAACAAAGAAAAAUGUCCUCCCUCUGCUGGACAGACUUACUCUCAGAGAUUCUUUGUCCCCCCGACGUUCAAGUCCGUUGGUAAUCCGGUGGAAGCACGGAGAUGGUUGAGACAAGCCAGAGCAAACUUCUCAGCUGCCAGAAACGACCUUCACAAAAAUGCCAACGAAUGGGUGUGCUUUAAGUGCUACCUCUCUACCAAAUUAGCUCUGAUUGCAGCUGACUAUGCUGUGAGGGGAAAGUCUGAUAAGGAUGUAAAGCCAACUGCACUUGCACAGAAGAUAGAGGAAUAUAGCCAGCAACUUGAAGGGCUGACAAAUGAUGUUCACACCUUGGAGGCUUAUGGUGUAGACAGUUUAAAAACAAGGUACCCUGAUUUGCUUCCUUUCCCACAGAUUCCAAAUGACAGGUUCACUUCCGAGGUUGCUAUGAGGGUGAUGGAAUGUACUGCCUGUAUCAUAAUAAAACUUGAAAAUUUCAUACAACAAAAAUUGUGAAAGUAUUUAAAGAAAAAAAAAGCAGAGCCAGAUCUUAAAUGGGUUGUAGCACAAAUAGGAAUCGCUCUACUUUAUGUAGCUGUAUUGCCAGAUCCUUAGGAACUGUGAAGCACAUUGCAGAUUGUUCUGGAAGAAUUUUGGAGUUGUUAUGAGUGUGCAUACAAACAGAAAACCUUAACUGAAUCUAAAAGAAAACAGUUUUGAAGAUGGCAGUCAACUGCACAAUUGCUGGAUGUUUGACUGAUUGGGAUGGCACAAUACUGGACUGCACUUUAUAGCACUAAAGCUUAGCGGUUUGCUAGUCUAUUUAUGUCCCUGGUUAGGAUGAAGUUAAUUUUGUUUUGAACAUGGUAUUUUUGAAGGAGCUAAUGGAACACUGGUCAUGUCAUUGGUUUUAGCAUAUAAGGGGAAUUAAGUCUUUGGAGUUCAUUUUUUUUUUUUAUUUUUCAGUGGAUCCUCUUGGAUGCAUUGGUUUCUUAUCAGCUGGACCUGAUUAUGAACUUGUUGCAAUUUCACAUCUUAAAUAACUCAGUACAUUUCAAAAAUGGUACAGUAUUUUAAAUCCUGACUAUUACUUGAUUGUGCGUAUGAAGACAGUAUGUAGAAUGCACUGAGUGUACUCUACAUCUUUCUUUUAAAUGGUUUUUAUACCUUAUGUUUACAGGCUUCCUGUUUCAUGAAGAACUCAAAGUGGUGGCAGUUUUCAUUACCAGGUGUUGAUAUAAUUUCUAAAAACUGCUCACCAGCGUGACAUUUAUCAUUGGUUAGAGCAUUGGCUUUAUGUUUGCUUGUACAUAUUUUCCAUGAAUGUCAUAAUUUAUAUAGUAUGGCUGAUCAAGAUGCAAUCUUUUGUUGUCUAAAGGUGCUGCAGUAAAAAAAAAAAAAAGACUUGCCUUUCAAUAUGGCACUUAGUGGAAGUUGUUUAUUUUACAUUAAAAACACCAAAAACUUGUUAAAAUCAUUGUGGUGAUAUCCAAUAGUUUAUUAAAGAAGAAUUAGCUUGUGUUCUCCCCAUGAAUGAUUCAGAGCUGACAUUUCAUUUUCACCAUGUUCAAGUGUCCACCUGUGCUUAUUUAACAUAAUUCUUUUGCAGAAUGUCAAGGAAAGGAAAUAAUAAUUAGUUUAUAUAAGUGUAUUGGCUAUAAAUGAUGCUAAAUAAAAUAUUUCAUGCAAUUAAGGGCUUACAGAACAUGUUAAAACUUUUUUACUUCUAUUGGAAAUAAGGAAUGUUUGCAGCUUCAACUGUAUUGCUUUUGGAUGUGAUAUCAUGUCAUUAUUUCUGCUACUAUAUUAAGUGCCAUGAUUUUAAUAAAGCAAAAUGUA